AUGGCUCCUCGCUCGCUCAAAGCAGGCCUUCUGGCUGGCCUUGUUGCCUACCUGGCUGGCUCCCUGCCUCUUGCCGCCGCCGCCCGCCCGCCAGCUGGCUUCCGCGCGGAGAACGCCCUCAGCACCCGCGCCCCUAGCUGCGAUACUAUCAAGUGCGGCUGGGGGCAGGUCUGCCAGCCUUCGGUGGAUGGGACAAAGGCCCGUUGCGUCGAUGUCCCGCCCGAGGGCCUGUGCGGCACCAUCGCCUGCCCUCCCGGUACGGAGUGCUGCAACCCCUUUCUGGGCAUCUGCAUCAAGCCCGGCAGUGCCUGCCCCCGGGCUGUUUCCGAGGACUUGGAGACCCGCCAGACCGCGCAGAAGUGCGGGCACGUCCUCUGCGAGACCGGCACUGUGUGCUGCAACGCGAGCUGCGGCAUCUGCGUCAAGCCCGGCGGCGUCUGCACCCAGCAAAUCUGCCGGGAGAAGGGGAAGUGUGGGUCCGUCACCUGCGAGGCCGGCACUGUGUGCUGCAACCCUAGCUGCGGCAUCUGCGUCAAGCCUGGUGGGUUCUGUACCCAGCAGAUCUGCGCGGACAAGCAGGCCCAGUAA